AAGACAAUGACCAUGAUGACUGUAAAAUGAAGGGAAAUCUCAGCUUGAUGUAGAUCAUCUGGUUACUGGUGCUCGUCGUGCAAGCAUAGACUCUCAGUGAUCUACGAUCACUUGUAGUGUUCAUAUCUACCAUUCCUCAUUCCUAAGCAGAGGUCUCUUGUGCUUGAUCAACACGCCGUAGCGCUUCCCCCGUUAUUCAACACAUGAUUUUCGUAGAAUUUGUCGAAAGUUGACUUGAAUUGUCAACGCAAAAUGGAGACAAUAAUAAGACUGCUGCUGUUGUCAGCGACCAUGUUCAUUGGAUCGUUCCUGGCUGGUCUGAUGCCGCUGGCGAUGACUCUUUCUGAGGCAAACAUGAGGGCAAUGACCACAACCGGUGCUGGCCUACUUGUCGGCACUGCUCUCGCUGUCAUCAUACCAGAGGGUAUCCAUACCUUAUACGAUUCAGCUCUCUCACACAAGCACACACAUGAGCCAGUAACCUCCUCGUCGCUGCUGGCUGGGGCCGAGCAGAUUGCGAAGCGGUCGCUAAGCUCUCUGCAGGAUCAGGCAGUGGCAGUGGCUGCUGGUGACGCUGUUGGUGCCGUUGAUGGUAGCAAGGGAAAAGUUGGCGACAGUAUAAUGGCCAAUGUCCUCAGCUCACAAACGGCUGCAGGGGUUGCCCACACACAUGAGCAUAGUCCAGUCGAGUCUGCGCAUGCCUACAUCGGUCCAAUGCUGGUGCUCGGCUUUGUCUGUAUGCUGCUCAUCGACCAGUGCAGCGGUGGACAUUCGCACGGUGGGCCAACUUCGCCGACAGAUGGCGAUGCUCAGGCAACUCGGCACAAACCGAAUACAACGUUGAUCGGACUUGUUGUCCAUGCUGCUGCUGACGGAAUCGCACUGGGAGCAGCCGCAACUAACCGGCUUGACGUGGAAAUCAUGAUCUUCCUCGCCAUCAUGCUGCACAAGGCGCCGGCAGCGUUUGGCCUGACUUCGUUUUUGCUCCACGAGGGAUUUGAUAAAGUUAGAAUACGACACAGCCUGAUGGUAUUCUCGCUGGCUGCUCCUAUUGCCGCACUGAUCACGUACCUGGGACUCAGUCGGCAAAGUAAGGAAGCGCUGGCAGAUGUGGACGCUACUGGUCUUGGCAUGCUGUUUUCGGCGGGGACGUUUCUCUACGUUGCCACAAUGCACGUUCUACCGGGAAUCAGUAAAGCACCAGUGAGCAGCACCACCAGUGCAUCCGCCGAGUUGGGAUCAUCCUCCAGUGCCUCGUCGCACUCGCAGAAGAUGAACCGCAGCCAGCUGGCACUGCUGGUGUUCGGAAUUUUCCUCCCCCUGGUGCUCUCCUAUGGCCAUCACCACUGAUAAGAUGGUCAUCACACGAGCAGCAGCAGCAACCCUGUAGACUGUUCCUACAUCAAGAGACCCCUGUACAUACUCUGUAUAUAUACUCCAUACAUACUCUGUAUACAUUUUUAUAACCAACCCAGACCUGUAUUUAACUCCCCAGUCUCCACCUGUACAUAUACAGUAUAUUCUGCUAACGUUGACUUUUCCACCAUGCACAUAGUCCAUUUUUUGUUCUUUUUUAUUGAGCUGAUAGCAAUAGGCAUGCACUAGUUUCAAAUGUCACCGCCCAAUUCUCAUGAACAUCCGGGCGUUCUGCAAUCCAGGCUGGUUUACCAUGUUCAUUUAUUUUAUAUUAUUGAUCCCCAUUAUUUCUAAUCUACCUGCGCCUGCAUGUAUUUUUUUUAUUGCUUUCCGGUUCUUUACAGUUAUUGUAAUGCGCUUAGCCUGACAUUGGUCUAAACUCCGAACGGCACUACUGGAAAAUCUUGAUAAAUAAGAAAAUGCGAAAUCACA